AUGGGGGAGGUGACAGCAGAGGAGGUAGAGAAGUUCCUGGACUCAAAUAUUGGCUUUGCCAAACAGUACUACGACGUCCACUACCGGGCCAAGGUCAUCUCAGACCUCCUCGGGGCCAAGGAGGCAGCCGUGGACUUCAGCACCUACCACUCCCUGAGCAGCGUAGAGGAGAGUGAAAUAAUUUUUGAUCUCCUGCGGGACUUUCAGGAGAACUUACAGACCGAGAAAAGCGUCUUCAAUGUCAUGAAGAAGCUGUGCUUCCUCCUGCAGGCAGACCGCAUGAGCCUGUUCAUGUACAGAACCCGCAACGGCAUCGCGGAGCUGGCCACCCGGCUCUUCAAUGUGCACAAGGACGCUGCCCUUGAGGACUGCCUGGUGAUGCCGGACCAGGAGAUUGUCUUCCCUCUGGACAUGGGCGUCGUGGGCCACGUUGCACACUCUAAAAAGAUCGCCAACGUCCCCAACACAGAAGAGGAUGAGCAUUUCUGUGACUUCGUGGACAUCCUCACAGAGUACCAGACCAAGAACAUCUUGGCUUCCCCCAUAAUGAACGGGAAGGACGUGGUGGCCAUAAUCAUGGCUGUGAAUAAAGUGGAAGGACCCCACUUCACCAACAGAGAUGAAGAGAUUCUUCUCAAGUACCUCAACUUUGCAAAUCUCAUCAUGAAAGUGUACCACCUGAGUUACCUGCACAACUGCGAGACUCGACGCGGCCAGAUACUGCUGUGGUCUGGGAGCAAAGUCUUUGAAGAACUUACAGACAUCGAGAGACAGUUCCACAAAGCCCUGUACACAGUCCGGGCCUUCCUCAACUGUGACAGAUAUUCUGUGGGUCUCUUAGACAUGACCAAGCAGAAGGAAUUUUUUGAUGUGUGGCCAGUUCUGAUGGGUGAGGCUCCACCAUACUCUGGUCCCAGGACUCCGGAUGGAAGGGAAAUUAACUUUUACAAGGUCAUUGACUACAUCCUGCAUGGCAAAGAAGACAUCAAAGUCAUUCCGAAUCCCCCUCCUGACCACUGGGCUUUAGCAAGCGGCCUCCCCUCUUACGUUGCCCAGAACGGCCUGGUAACCCGGAAUCUGAGAAAACCUAAUGUGGCUCUUCUCUUACAGAAAGAGCCACUGGAUGAGUCUGGAUGGACGAUUAAAAAUGUCCUCUCUAUGCCGAUUGUGAACAAGAAGGAAGAAAUUGUUGGGGUGGCCACGUUUUACAAUCGCAAAGAUGGGAAGCCCUUUGAUGAAAUGGAUGAGACCCUCAUGGAGUCUUUGACUCAGUUUCUGGGCUGGUCUGUCUUAAAUCCCGACACCUAUGAGUCAAUGAACAGACUUGAAAAUAGGAAGGAUAUUUUCCAAGACAUAGUAAAAUAUCAUGUGAAGUGUGACAAUGAAGAAAUUCAGGAAAUCCUGAAAACCAGAGAGGUGUAUGGGAAGGAGCCAUGGGAAUGUGAGGAAGAGGAGCUGGCUGAGAUCCUGCAAGCAGAGCUGCCAGACACAGAGAAAUAUGAAAUUAAUAAAUUCCACUUCAGCGACUUGCCCCUAACAGAGCUGGACCUGGUGAAAUGUGGAAUACAGAUGUAUUAUGAUCUCAAAGUGGUGGAUAAAUUUCACAUUCCGCAAGAGGCCCUGGUGCGGUUCAUGUACUCCUUGAGUAAGGGCUACCGCAAGAUCACCUACCAUAACUGGCGACACGGCUUCAACGUGGGACAGACCAUGUUCUCCUUGCUGGUGACGGGAAAACUGAAGCGAUACUUCACGGACCUGGAGGCCUUGGCCAUGGUCACUGCUGCCUUCUGCCAUGACAUUGACCACAGAGGCACCAACAACCUCUACCAGAUGAAAUCUCAGAACCCGCUAGCCAAGCUCCAUGGUUCCUCCAUCUUGGAAAGACACCACUUGGAGUUCGGCAAAACGCUGCUCAGAGAAGAGAACCUGAAUAUCUUUCAAAACCUCAAUCGCCGACAACAUGAGCAUGCCAUCCACAUGAUGGACAUCGCGAUCAUUGCCACCGACCUCGCCUUGUAUUUCAAGAAGAGGACAAUGUUCCAAAAGAUCGUGGAUCAGUCUAAGACGUACGAGAGUGAACAGGAGUGGACGCAGUACAUGAUGCUGGAGCAGACACGGAAGGAAAUCGUUAUGGCCAUGAUGAUGACUGCCUGCGAUCUCUCCGCCAUCACCAAGCCCUGGGAGGUGCAGAGCAAGGUAGCUCUGCUGGUUGCUGCCGAAUUCUGGGAACAGGGUGACCUGGAGCGCACGGUGCUGCAACAGAAUCCUAUUCCCAUGAUGGACAGGAACAAGGCGGAUGAACUCCCUAAGCUUCAAGUCGGCUUCAUUGACUUCGUUUGCACCUUCGUCUACAAGGAAUUCUCCCGCUUCCACGAGGAGAUCACCCCCAUGUUGGACGGCAUCACCAACAACCGCAAGGAGUGGAAGGCGCUCGCUGACGAGUAUGAAGCCAAGGUGAAGGCGCUGGAGGAGGAGAAGCAGAAGCAGCAGCCGAACAAGCCAGGCGCAGGAAAUCAGCCCGGAGGGAACCCCAACCCAGGGGGUACGCCGGCAUCCAAGUCCUGCUGCAUCCAGUAG